AUGGCUGCGAAUACGUUUGAAAUUAGUGACGAUACAUUUGAAGGAAUGGUGCUUACAUCGGAUACACCGAUUGUUGUUGACUUUUGGGCGGAGUGGUGUGGUCCGUGCAAAAUGAUUGCCCCGAUUUUGGAAGAACUCGCCGAGGAAAAUUCGGAGACUUUCAAAGUUGGAAAAGUUAAUGUUGAUGACAAUCGUCAAACCGCGAUGCAGUACGGCGUUCGGAGUAUCCCUACACUGCUUGUGUUUAAAGACGGCAAAGUUGCGGGACAAAUUGUCGGCGCGAUGCCCAAAGAUGCACUCAAAAAGAAAAUCUUAGACGUAUUGUAA